AUGGUAAUCAGAGAGAUCUUAGUUUCGACCUGUUCGACCCAUGGAAAAUCUUGGAACUUUGACUGGCAUAGUAAUAAGGAGAAUCUUAGUACCGAUUCAACUGACCCAGACGAAAGUCUUGGAACCUCUUCUGCUGGAAUGGUAAUCAUAGAGAUCUUAGUGUCGACUUGUCUGACCCAGGGAAAACCUUGGGUUAACUUUUACUGGCAUAGUAAUCAGGAGAAUCUUAGUAGCGACUCAACUGACCCAUACGAAAGUCUUGGAGUAUCUUCCACUGGAAUGGUAAUCAAAGAGAUCUUAGUGUCGACCUGUCUGACCCAGGGAAAAUCUUGUGAGGACAUCCUUCUGAGGAAAAUCCUGGAAUAG